AUGCCGUCACGGCGGCCCUUUGACUCCGCGGGCGCAGAUUUGCCUCUCUCUCUCGAAGAGCUUCGGCGAGAGUUUUCUCCUUCCCGAGCGUUCGAGAGAAGCGCGUCGCCGACUGCGUUUCCGGCGCGCUCGCUGUCAGACGAGAAUCCUUCGCCGCGGAGUGCCAAAGGCAGUGGGGAGGCCGCGAGGGGAGCGCUCCAGCGCGCCUCGUUAGCGUCCUCUCACCCGUCUCCGCCGACCCAAUGCCGCGAAGCCUCAGCAGACUGGGGCGCGACCAGAAGCAAGCGAUCAGGAUGCGCGGACCGCAGACGGGGAUCCACGCCUCUGCGGAGUCGCAGACAGCCUCAAGGCCGCCCAGUCUCGGCCGCUCUCUCGCGCGGGGGGGGGGGCGGCCGCGCAGCCGCGGAGACGAGCGCGCUUCCGCCAGCGUGCCGAUGGGCGGCUCUCGACGUGCUGUUGAGCGAAGAUGUCCUGCGGUGUCUCUUGUCGUACUGCGGGCCGCGAGAGGCCGCUGCAGUGUCUGCUGUCUCCGUCGCAUGCAGGGGGGCCCUGGCGGUUGAGAGCCUCGAGCCCCUCUGGUACGCCUGGUGGCUAGAGCGGCGGUUUCACUUCUGGCCGCAUACGCAGGCGCCUCCCGACGCCCUGCCCUGUGCGUUCGCGCUCGGCCUCUUCAGCAGCGAGGCCCGCGGCGCAAGCGGAGAAGGCGCACGCGCCUCGCAGGCGGAGAGGGGGACCGCAGCCUCUGACGAGCCCAGUGCACCUCCUUCGUGUUUCGAGGACGCGGAUGUGGCGUCUCCCCACCCCCGCCGGGUGCCUCUGCACUCUCUUCAGGGCGGCGGCGGUCAGGCGUCGUCUGGCGAGGGAACCGGCGAAGCACACGCAGGGGACGUGGAGGAGGACUUGCCUUCAGACGCGUCGGCGCGAGGUCCGCACCCGCUGAACUCGGAAGACGGUCUCGAGACAGCGGGAUGUCCGCGGACGACGCCUCCGCUGAGUUGGGGGAUAGGGCUCCACAGCGGCGGCGUGUGGAGGCGGCAGUUCCUCUGGAGUUCCCGCACCCAGCACAACUGGUCCACAGGCCGAUGCCAGCGGUUUCUGCUUCAGGCAGGCGACCACUCGCUCCUCUCCGUCGCUCUGCAUCCCACUUAUCAGUCGCCCCUAUGCUCCUGCCAUUCCUUGCAGUCUGUGUUUUCCACGAAACUCCAACGGCGCAGGUCACGACGUUCUUCUGCAGCGGGAACGGAGCUCCGGGGUCCUGGAGGGUCCUCACCCAGCCGCGGAGACUCCGCCGCCGCUGGGGACACCCCACGGGGUUUGUCGAGCGAGCUUUCUUGCGGCCAGAGCGGAGAGACUUCCCGCGAGUUUUCGGCGCAGGAGACAGAGUUGAGCUCUGCACUCUCUAGCGCGUGCGAUCUCCCUUCUCUCGCCGCAGGCGUGGACGAAGGCAUGCUCCAUCGAGUGGAGGCGACGGCCAAAUGCGCAUCACUCUCUUGCUCUACGGUGCCGGAGGAGACGAGAGGAGACAGAGGGGAGAAGCCCUGGUGCCCGUCACCCGUGGACCGCCUCCGGCAGAAGAGCGCGGAGGGUCGGAAGUCAGCCUCGUCGGCAGGCGGGCGGCCUGGCAGCCGCUCUCGCCACCGGGAGCUCUGCAAUGACUGCAGUGACGAAGACACCAGCGGCCGCGCGGAGUACCCGAACGAGGGCGACACUUCUCCGCGCCUUCCGGAUCUGGGCUUCCGGGCACGAUUCUUCUACGUGGAGGGCGGCCUGGGGAACGUCCUCGAGCAGCGGACAUGCUUUUUCACUGCAUCGCCUGACCGCGUGGCUCUCCACGAACACAUGCCUUCAUCCAGCGGGGGGGCGCUCACGAGCCGCGCCGACCGCCACAGCCAGAGCGACCUGCGAAGCAGCGGAAAGCCUGAGGAGAAGAAGGGUCGCUCGCCGAUGCCUUCGCCCUCUCUGGGCCCGCGACUGCAUCCUGACGUGCUGUCGAAGCUGCUGAGUUCUCCCUGUCUGCCAUCCACUGACGCGGCGCCGCCAGCAAGCGCGCGGGAGGGCGCGAUCUCGGACCUCGACUCAUACGAAAUGUAUCUGUGGAGCCAAACAGGGUGUGCACCAAACAACUUCAAAAACCGGACGUCCUCCGCGGGCGGAGGACUGGGGGCGAGAGAGAACUCCGACUCAGGCGCCUCUCGCAGCGCGUUGAGUGCGUUCGAGGGAGGCGGAGCCUCCAGCCUGCUGGGACCUCUCCACGCGGGCGGGUCUGCGGGCGGAGGCGGAGGCGGGCGGCGGAACAAAAUGAAGAACAGGCGAAACGGCCCCUCUUGGCGGAAAGCCAGCGCCGAGGGGCCGGAGGAGUCGCCAGCGCUGUCGCCGAAUGAGGGCGCAGCGGCGAGGGAGCGACAGGCGUGCUGUCCGACGCCGCCUCCAUUCUCCCUCGAGCCUGCACUCCACGCUGAACCUGCCUCAGGAGCAGGCCGGGAAGGCAGACGGAGUCUCGAUGCGCCAGGGGAGGCCUGCGUCAAAGCUUCGGCGUGCGGGAAUCUCCGAGAGAAAGGCAAUCGCCAGCGCAGUUGGACCGAUCUCCUGUCUGUCUCUGGGGGCGCGGCAAACAGUAGGCCAGCCUCCGCAGGAGGCUGGCUAGCGAAGGGGCAGAGGCGGUCCUCUGCGUCUUCGUCUAUGCAUUUCGCAGGAGCCGCGGCUUCGCGGCCUCGCGUUCACGAUCUUUCACGCUUCAGCAGAGACGGAGCCUCGCUCCUCUCCUGCAGAAUCCACACUGAAACUGGGCGCAUAGCGUGCACUCUCGGCGUCGAGGGCGCCUGCGAUCUCGGCGGCGGGCGCGUCGGCAGGCGCCGGAAGAAGAGCGGCGGCGGCGGCAACUCGGGGUGGUCAGGAUCUGGAGGUUCCCCUCUGUGUGAAGGGCGAGUGUAUGAUCUGCACAGCGGCCAGCUCGUCUGCUCUCUCGACAUCGACGGAGCUGGCCUGCAUCAGCUGCAGUUCCAGUAUGCGUUCUCUGACGACGCGGGUCUUCUAUUCGGGUUUGACAGAUGGCAUCGCGAGUUCGUGUGCUGGAACCUCGCGGGUCUCUGCGAGGGACAAAGCCGGCUUGACGCUGCAGCAGUCAUUGUGGCGCACGCGGACGGCAUCCUGGCGAUGGACGUCGCUGGCCGUGCGCCCGGGCCCCAUUCCGUGACGGGCGACUGCCGAGUGCUAGCUGGCAGCCGCGACGACACAAUCAGUCUCUACGCUGUAGACCCUUUCGUCCGGCUGCAGACUUUCGCAGGGCACGAGGGAGAAGUAUCAGCUGUUCGCUGGCUCGCGAGGACGCCCUGCAAUGAACCGGAUGCAUGCGGGUGCAUCUGCUCACGUCGUCAGAACGCGGACAUUUUCGCCUCCGGUUCCUACGACGCGCUGGUCAAGAUUUGGGAUGUGCGGCAGCGAGCCCCGGCGAGCCUGCAUCCAGAGCGCCAAUUGACUCUGCUUGAGCACCACAGCCGCAUCAGCAGCAUUGCUGCCGCGGGGCCUGACCAGCGCACGCUCUUAACAGGAGAUACAGACGGCGUUGUCAAGCUCUGGGAUCUUCGGCAGUGCACCAAGUCGGUCUGCACGGUUCAGUACGAUGGGCCCGUGAUAGAACUGCAUGCGAAUGCGGCUUUCUGCCUGGUAUGCGUGAGCUCGCGCCGAGGAAAGGACGGGGUAUACGUGAUGGAUUUUAGCGCGGAUCUGCCAGUUUGA